UUAUUAUACAUGGUUGAUUCUUGAUUGGCGAAUGACUCACUGACGAGACGUGAAGAUGUUUUCCAUUCAAUAUUCAUGUUAAUAGUUAAUAAUACCUACUUAUAAUUGUUAUUUGUUAUAAAUGUAGAUAAUCAAAACUUACCGAAGUGUCUCAGAUAUUAUAAUUUUAUGUUAUACCAGUUAUACCUAAAUAAUAUAUUUUUUCAUUUUAAUCUUGAAACGUUCGAAAAAUUCCUUCUUCUUAAUGAUUAUAAUAUAAAUGUAAACAUUUUUAAAAGGAAAUUGAAUUUGAAUCUGCUGUUUAACUUUUCAAUCGUGUUAUUUACAAAGCAAUAAAUAUGUUUGCUUCAAUGUUUAAAUCGCUCUUUAAUAAAUCUGGUAAAAAAGGCAAGAAGGAACUGAUUACUAUGGAAUCUGAUCUAUUUGACAUUACUAAAAAAGAUGUUGAAUACAUGCUUACUUCGUUGAAUGAGAUAAACGUUGACGUCAAGGAAAUUUUAGAUAAUAGUGUUAGUCGUUCCAUUUCGUUAGAUAAUAUUAUUGAUGGUAUCGAGUCAAUGCCUAUUGAUAAUACAGAUCCAGAAUAUUUGAAUGAUAGUGCUUCAGUUGACAAUUUUGAUGACACUAAAAGUGAAGUAAGUUCUAUUGGAGAAAACCAAGUAGCGUGUGAAAUAGUUGAAAAUUCCAAAAAAACCAAUACUGGAAAUAAAAUUAACAGUCUUCAGUGUUUGUUUACAUGGAACAUAAAAUCAAAUGACAAGAAAAAUAUGAUUUUAUUGAUACAUAAUAAAUAUGGAGAAUACAACUUAAAUAUUUCUUCAACCGAGUUUACAUUUGAAAGGUAUGUAGGUAAUUUAAUUAUUGGCUAUGAAUUGUUCCAUAAAGGUGAGUCCGAAUUAGGACAAAUGAAAAUAUUAGAAAUUGGGAAAUGGCUUGAAGAAUUAGACAAUAGUACUGAUGAAUUUUAUUUAUCUAUUAAUAUUGGUCUUCAACAUGUUAUGAAGGCAACUUUUACUCAUAUGUUAUUUGCUACAAAUCUUACUGGCGAGUGUCAAUGGUUGUUGGAUGAUAUUAUACCAUUGUCUAAUAUGGAUUCUAAAUCAAAAGCUACUAUACAUGCUAUUCGAGCAGCUGUAUUUACUGAAUAUGGUGGAAGUCCUCACAUUUUUAAAAGAGCUUGUGACAGUGCAAAAAAAGCAUGUGAUUUAGAUCCUAAUACUUCACAUUGGUUUUAUAUUCAUUCAAUUGCUUUGACAACUCAAAGACAGUUUUUACAGUCACAUAAAUCGUAUCCAACUGAUAAUGAAAUAAAUGCUAUUCAGCAAGCAAUUAUGUUGUCUGAUGGAAAAAAUACUGCUUUCAACUACCAUAGAAUGAUAUUAGAUAGAGACACUGCAAUUCGUUAUUAUCAUGAUAAUAAAAAUAAUCAUGAUAAAUUGUGGAUUGAAAAAAAUCGGCAGGCGAAUAAAACAAUUGUUCAAAUGAUUAAAACUAUUAUAAGCAUGGAUCCAAAAGACCCUCACUUGGUAGUUAAAUGUGGUAGAACAUUAAUGACUCUUCCAAUUAUGGUCCGUGAUUUUAAUUUGGGAAAACAAUAUUUGACAAAAGCCUUUGAUAUGGCACCAAAUGAUGUGACUGUUUUAAAAUCUAUUGAAAAAACAAUUGAAGUUUAUAAAGAUAUUUCUAAAAAACAAAGACCCAGCAGAACAAUAGAAACAAAACAAAAUCAUUCACCACUGAAUAGAACACCAAAAUUAGGAUCGGAUUUAGGACUUAUAGUAAGAAAACAAAAGAAUGGGGAAGAUCCUAUUCCUUACCUCAAUAAUUUGAUUUCUAAAUAUGAUGGACUUGAUAAAUCAAAAAUUAUGGCUCAACUAUGUUCGUAUAUAAUAUUAUUCACAAACAACCUAAGAUCUGGCGUUGAAGAGUUUAUAAAGUUGAUUGAACAACCAGGAAUUGCCAAUAAUUUUAUAAUUACGCAACAUUUUUCAUCAUUUGGUUCAAAGAAGUUUCAUUUAGCAGAACUUAUUUGUAAUGAAAUUAGAUUGGCUACAAAUUCAAGUAGCACUGCUCCUGCGGAUAUGUUGUACUUUUUUAAAAUGUUAACUAAAAUCAUGGAAACUUGUAACUUACAAAUGAAAGAUGUUGAUUCUUCUUUGAAGACCAAGCUAAUCAUUGAUUCAUCCGUGAAAUCUUCAUUUCCUAAUACAACUCAUCAAAGUGAAACGGGUUCAUCAGAUAAUGAGAGCGUUGAACAAAUUUCAGUUAAACGCAGAACUAGAAGUCGUAAACCAAGGAAUUGGCAGAAUACUGGUCCUAGAGUAUUUACCCAAAAACCUGAAGUAAACAAAGGACCAAAUAGAAAAAAUGAUAGAUCCCAAAGUAAUUUUUCCUCAAGAAAUCAUCAAAGUAAUAACUCCGCUAAUUCUGCUGCAAUUGAUCAAAUGCAAUACAAAAUGUUAAAGUUUUUAAAUGUUUCUUCUGCUGAAGGCCCAAGAUUUUCCGAUAAUAAUUUUUCCAAUAUUUUAUCAACUGAAAACCUCAGAAACGUACAAACACAAUCACAAGUAGAACAAUAUACCCACCAGCUAUAUCAACAUAUCUCAGCUAAUAAUAAUACACAUCAAGAUCCAAGAAAUGUACCUGAUACGUCAACAGGAUAUUAUGGUAGGCGUAUUAAUCCUCCAUUUCCAAAUUUAAGCUCAGUCUCACAAUACUCUGGAUUUCAAAAUCAACAACCACCUUCAUUACUAAAUAUAAGACCCCAAAUUAAUCAACAGGACCCAAAACCUCGCUGGCAAAAACCAAAAAAAUGGACUUCCAAAAACCAAAAAUAAAUAAGUUGACUGAUUUAUUAUUAUUUUUCAUUGAUUCAAUAAAAUCUGUAAGCAGUUUUAAUAUGUUAGUAAUUAUAGUAUGUUAGCCGUUUUUUAAACAGCAUUAAGAUGAUUAGCCUGUAAGAAUUUUUUUAUGAAGAAAUGUUUGUUAAACAGUUUUCUUUCAAGAUUUCAAUUUAAAAACAUCCGAGUUUAUAAACAUAACUUAUUCCUUAUAAGUUAUAUUUGCUCCUAUGUAUAGCUUCUUAUAAUAUUAUAUCAUGUUAAUUAUUUUAUUUUUAUACUUCAAUAAGUAUUUACUAUUGUUAAAUAAAUAGUUGAAGCAAACUUCAGUUGUUUUUUGGUAUUUAUCUGGUAUAAAUAACAUUAUACAGUUACAUUAUUUUAUUUACUAUUUAAAAAGUACUAUGUAGCCUUUUUAGAACCAGUUUAAAGUUAUAAUUAUCUACCAUUAGUUAAACUCACUAUAAUUAAAGUGUCCUGUUAUUAGUUAUAAUUAUACUUACAUUAUACUUAAUUAAUUCUUUAAUACUUGCUAUCCAUUUUAAUGUUUGUUCAUUGGAUGAAUAUAUUUUUAAACAAAACUUUUA